UCACUCAUCGGGCUAGUCCCCUUCUCCACCCCGACAAUAAUUGCAAAUUGCAGCUCCAUUGCGAUGCCAGACUUAAUUCACCCCUGAUUAUUAUCAGACAUCUUAAUUUUUCCCCAAAUUAAAGCACGAUAUCAGAAUUUUGAAAUCAAGAUGGCCAACGUAUCGGUGGCCGCAGAAUGGCAGCUUGUCUACAACCGAUACUACCGAAAACCAGAGCUCUGUCAAAUGAGAUGGAAGCACAUCGACUUAAGUCGCAACAAAGUCGCCUGCGCUCCGUUCGGUGGUCCAAUCGCGGUGAUCCGUGACGAUUCCAAGAUUGUCCAGCUCUACGCCGAGUCCGCCCUUCGCAAACUCCGCAUUUUCAACUCUGCCGGCCUUCUCAUCUCCGAAACAGUAUGGAAACACCCCGGCGGACGUUUGAUCGGCAUGUCGUGGUCCGAAGAUCAAACCUUAAUUUGCAUCGUUCAAGACGGAACCAUUUAUCGUUACAACAUCCACGCAGAGCUGAUGGAGCCCAACGCGUCGAUGGGAAAAGAAUGCUUCGAAGAAAACGUGGUGGAAUGCGUGUUUUGGGGCAACGGCGUUGUGUGCGUGACUGAGGCGAAUAGGUAUUUCUGUAUUCCCGAUUUCAAGACAAUGAAAGUUUGUGAACUGGCCAGGCCGGAGAUAGAGGAGCUACCCCAUUGUAUGGCGGUCAUUGAGCCGAAGUACACGAUGACGGGGAACGUGGAGGUGUUGAUUGGGGUUGAUAGUGGAAUAUUGAUGUUGGAUGAAGAUGGGGUGCAGAAAGUUGAUGAAACGUUGGUACAGAAGAUGGGCGUUUCUCCUAAUGGGAAUUAUGUUGCUUGUUUUACACAUGAUGGCCGCCUUGUUGUUAACAACAUGGACUUCAGUUCUCCUGUAAUUGACCAGUCUUGUGAGACAGCCCUUCCUCCGGAGCAGCUAGCUUGGUGUGGAAUGGACAGUAUACUUCUUUAUUGGGAUGAUAUGCUACUGAUGGUUGCUCCUCAAGCAGAGCCUGUUCGCUAUUUCUAUGAUGAGCCGGUAGUUCUCAUCCCAGAGUGUGAUGGAGUGAGAAUAUUAUCAAACACAAGUAUGGAGUUUCUACAACGUGUUCCUACAUCUACUGAAUAUAUCUUUACAAUUGGAAGCACAUCACCUGCAGCUUUGCUAUAUGACGCCUUGGAUCAUUUUGACCGGCGGAGUGCCAAAGCAGAUGAAAAUUUGAGAUUGAUACGUUCUUCCCUGCCUGAAGCUGUUGAAGCAUGUAUAGAUGCUGCUGGACAUGAGUUUGAUACUAGUCGUCAAAGGACACUGUUGAGAGCUGCAAGCUAUGGCCAAGCCUUUUGCAGCAAUUUUCAACGUGAUCAUAUCCAAGAGAUGUGUAAAAUUUUGCGGGUGUUGAAUGCUGUGCGUGACCCUGAGAUUGGCAUCCCUCUUAGUAUUCAGCAGUAUAAGUUACUGACAGCCUCUGUCCUGAUUGGUCGUUUAAUUAAUGCACAUCACCAUCUGCUUGCAUUACGAAUAUCAGAGUACCUGGGAAUGAAUCAAGUAAGUGAGGUGGUGAUAAUGCACUGGGCAUGUUCAAAGAUAACAGCUUCAUUAGCCAUCCCUGAUGCCACUCUCCUGGAAAUCUUACUUGAUAAGCUCAGAUUAUGUAAAGGCAUAUCUUAUGCAGCAGUUGCUGCUCAUGCGGAUAAGAGUGGUCGCCGCAAGUUAGCUGCUAUGCUUGUUGAACAUGAACCUCGUUCCUCUAAACAGGUUCCUCUCUUGUUAAGCAUAGGGGAGGAAGAUACAGCUUUGGUGAAGGCAACUGAAAGUGGUGAUUCUGAUCUUGUCUAUCUUGUUUUAUUUCAUAUUUGGCAAAAGAGGCCUGCACUUGAGUUUUUUGGAAUGAUUCAAGCCAGACCCCUGGCAUGUGAUUUAUUUAUAACUUAUGCACGGUGUUAUAAGCAUGAAUUCCUGAAGGACUUCUUCCUGUCAACUGGACAACUACAGGAGGUGGCUUUUCUUCUUUGGAAAGAGUCAUGGGAAUUAGGAAAAAAUCCUAUGGCUAGUAAAGGAUCACCCCUUCAUGGUCCACGCAUCAAGCUUAUUGAAAAAUCCCAUAGUCUUUUUGCAGAAACCAAGGAUCACAUCUUUGAGUCAAAAGCAGCUGAAGAACAUGCAAAAUUGUUGAGAAUCCAACAUGAGUUAGAAGUGUCUACCAAGCAAGCGAUUUUUGUGGAUUCAAGUAUUAGUGACACUAUUCGCACAUGUAUUGUUCUGGGCAAUCAUCGAGCUGCAAUGAAAGUGAAAACAGAAUUCAAGGUGUCUGAGAAGAGGUGGUAUUGGCUUAAAGUUUUUGCUUUGGCUACAGUUAGAGAUUGGGAUGCCCUAGAAAAGUUCUCAAAGGAGAAGCGACCACCAAUUGGUUAUAGGCCAUUUGUCGAAGCAUGUAUAGAUGCAGACGAAAAAAGUGAAGCUCUAAAAUACAUCCCGAAACUAGUGGAUCCACGAGAAAGGGCUGAGGCUUAUGCCCGUAUUGGUAUGGCCAAGGAAGCUGCAGAUGCUGCUUCACAGGCAAAAGAUGGUGAAUUGCUGGGUCGACUGAAAUUGACAUUUGCGCAAAAUGCAGCAGCUUCAUCAAUUUUCGAUACUCUAAGAGAUAGAUUGUCUUUCCAAGGAGUUUCUUAGUUCUGUUUGUUAUUAUUAUUUGUCUCUCUCUUUUUUUAUUUUAUAAGUUUGUGUGUCGUGUUGUAUGCAUAUUCUUGGAGAUCAUGUUGCUGAAUGAGUGUAAAGGUAGAAGGCUUUUCUUUCAGAAACGGUGUUUGCUUAGUUGAAGCUGUUGGGAAUUGUGUAUCGACUUUCACUGUCCAAAAAAUGGGAGUGAAAAUGUUUUUUAACUCACAGAAUUAACCAAUAUUAGUUGCUUUUACUGUC